GAUGAGUUGCUGUUCUAGAUCAUGGCAUCACGAUUAACUUUAAUUUCGGUAACUGCUGAAAGUGGGCAGGUUGUUUGUUUGUUAUGCAGUGUUGGACUUAUAGCUUUGCUAUAUAGGUUGAUCCAUAUAUCUCUAGAUUUUUGGACUGGUAUACCGUUUUUAAAGUUUACCUUUUGAGAAGUAAGGCGAUUUUAUCUUUUUUCAUUACUCCAUCAUAAGAGACAAUGAAUUUGAUACCUCUAUGUUUAGUACUGUUUGAUGUACUCCUUUCAACAAAUUCGCAGAUUUUACGGGAUAGGAGAUUUUUUAACUUGAGGAACAGGCCACUUCGGAGGUUCCCCCCAUUCCCACCACCAGGGGGUAUCGCUCCAUUCCCCCCACCGGGGGGCAUUUCCCCAUUUCCACCACCGAGGGUCAUCAAUCCAAGGCCUUCCUUUUCACAGGGAGGUGUAACUUUAAGAGGCGCCAUCAACCAGCCUCGACAGUUAUUGACCAAUACCAGAAUCGGCAGGACUAUUUCUGGACGUCAAAGGUCAGGCAGGGGUUUUAAUCUAAGUAACAGACCGACUAGUCAGACCCUUGUCAGGCCCCCGUUUGGUGCAGCUCAACAGCCGCUACCUAAUGUACGAAACGAUCGUUUCCCAAACUCAUUCACGGAUCGGAAUCAAAACAGAUUUUUAAGAACUGUUGUUAAUACCAAUGAUUUAAAUACAUUGCGAAAAAACGUUCCCCCUUUUCAACAAAUGAGAAUUAUUCCACAGUUUCCAACUGAUUUAUUCGCCCGAAGAAAUUCACCAUCCGCUCCAUCUGUCAUUAGACCAUUUGGUCGGUUAUCUGCACAAAAUUUCCGAUCAAAUUCUCCUAUAUCUUCUUUAUCUGGUUCAACUGAUAAUUCUCAAAUUUUUAGACAACAACAACAGCAGCAGCAGCAACAACAGCAACAACAGCAGAAACAACAACAGCAGAAACAACAACAGCAACAACAAAAAGAUGUACAGCGUCAGAGAUAUGAACAAUCUCUAAUAAAGAGACAACAGGCUUUACAGAAGGUUUUGCAACAACAGCAGCAGCAGCAACAAAAACAACAACAACAGAAUAUGAAACAACAAUCAAUAUCUGCGCCCCAGGAAGUUGGUAACGGAGAAACUACCAUCCCAAAAGCCGAAAUUACUGACACACUGAUCACAAUUAAAGAUGAACAUGGAAAUGUCAUCGAUGAACAAAUGUUUCCAAACGAAUCAAGCGACGAAACUAUUGAAAAAUAUAUAUCUGAAGUAUCCGCUAAUUACACAGAUCAAGUGAGACAGAAAACUAGAACGGCCACUGGCACCGGACUAGGAACUUUCGGUAACUCGGCGUCUGCGCCGAUUGGUAGUAGACAGGAAAAGUCCAAUCCUACGCCAGGAGACGAAGGUAAUCCAACAUUGAUUACAGUUAAAGAUGAAGAAGGAAAUGUCAUGGGCGAGAGGUUGUUUCCAAAGGGAACAAGCGACGCAACAAUUGAACAGUAUAUAUCUGAAAUAUCCGCUAACUACACAAAUCAGGUGAAACAGGGAACUGGAGCGGCCCCUGGCAAUGGGCUAGGAACUUUCAGUAACACGGCGUCUGCGCAGAUCGAUGGUUGAGAAACAGCCGCUAUUGGAACAAGCAUCCAAACUGUCCCCUUCUGCCGGUUAGUUACGCUAUAACGAGCUAUCUAUCAGAUUUUAUAGACAGGAUGUGCGAUGAUAUCCAUUCAGUGAUGUCUAUAUUUACUAUUUUAAUGUAUUUUGCAUGUCUCAAUUAACGUGAUAAUGUGUUUGUAAUUCAUCUUUACAAAUACAGAUGAUCCUCCUGUGAAACUAUUAGUCAACAUAUGUCAUAAAAUUUGUUCCAAGAAUUCAACAAAAAUUUUCUUCGACUCAUUAGAUAUACACCAUUUGAACUACGUCUCCCUUUUGACGUGAAUUUCACUGGAACAAAAAUAUAUUUUAUAAAAGUUCAAAGGAGGAUUCGCAUUAUGCGCCGUGUAUUAACAUUAUUACGUGUUCUGUUACAUGUACUAUUAUAUAUUGCAUGUAAAAUAAUAUAACUAACUUUAAAAGCUGGCUUUAUAGGUUCUAGAAAAGUAGUUGACUCUGAGAGCUAGCUAAGUACAGUAGGACAAUGAAUGGUCAUCGGAAAGUCCAAUAUUUCACUGGAAGGUGAGAGAAGACUUUCCAGGAACCAGUUCAUUUUAGAUAAUGUGAUACAGCUCUGAUGAUGGUAAUAAUAUCGAUACGAGCAUUAAAUUAUGCUCUAUAUGUUUAAUUUAGUUACAUGAACGUCUAUUUGGGAAAGUCUUUAGAGGCAAUCUUCUAUAGAUGACAUAAGAUGUGUUUAAUGCUGAAUGACUUGGCAUUCUGUAGAUUUUAUGGGCUUUGUGUUUGUUUGCUAAGUACUGAAUGACUACACAUUCUCUAUAUGCCAUGUGCUUAGCGCUGAAAAUCUCAGCAUUUUUUAGAUGCCUUAUAAAUCUACAUAGUACUUGAGUACCUAAAUAUCAUAAUUAACAAGGCGUUCUUUCCGCACCGUCCUUAGUAAUUUUCAACUAUUAAAUUAAUAAAUUAAUACUGUCAAUUGAUUUUGUAGAUGAUAUGAUGCUGAUAUCAAACAUACAUACAAGUUGUGUGUUUUUAGAAGAAUAGUUGAUUGAUUCCUGAAUAUAUUUUUUGUAAUACUAGCUUUGUUAGUUAGGGUUGCUAUUUGAUUGAAAUGCUUUGAGAAAUGUGAAUAGUUUAUCCUUUGCUUAAUAAAACAAAUGAUGCUGACUUUAUUGCAUUUCUUUUAUAGCUGAAUGUUUCAGAUAGAUACAUGUAGUUUUAAAAUUGUAUGGACUGUUUUGUUUAACACUGCUCUAAAUAUGCUACUGUAUGGUUAAA